AUGUCAGCGACAAUCAACCCCGACCCGGACCAGAGCGCCCCGGCCUUCAUCCCCCUCGAGGCCAACCCGCAGCUCAUGACGUCGCUGGCGCACCGCCUCGGCGUGUCCCCCGCCCUCGCCCUGCACGACGUCUACUCCCUGACGGACCCGGACCUGCUGGCCUUUAUCCCCCGGCCCGCCCUCGCGCUGCUGCUCGUCUUCCCCGUCAGCGCCGCGUACGAGAGCCACCGCAUGGCCGAGGACGCCAUCGCCGACGAGUACAAGGGCAAGGGCGAGGGCGAGCCCGUCGUGUGGUGGAGGCAGACUAUACGCAACGCGUGCGGCAUGAUGGGGCUGCUGCAUGCCGUGUCCAACGGCCCGGCGCGCGAGUUCAUCGAGCAAGACUCGACCCUCGACAAGCUCCUCCGCGAAUCCAUCCCGCUCCCUCCCCGCGAGCGCUCCGCCCUCCUGGAGCGCACCCCCGCCCUCGCCGCCGCGCACAAGGAGGCCGCAUCCGCCGGCGACACGCCCGCCCCGGACGCGCGCGACGACGUGGACCUGCACUACGUGUGCUUCGCUAAGGGCGCCGACGGCGCGCUGUGGGAGCUCGACGGCCGCCGCAAGGGCCCCAUCCGCAGGGGCGAGCUCGACAAGGACGAAGACGUGCUGAGCGCCCGCGGGCUGAGUCUCGGCCCGCUCAAGUUCCUGGAGAGGGAGGGCGGCGACUUGCGGUUUAGCGCGGUGGCUCUGGCUGGCGCGUUGGACUGA